AAAGUUAAGGUAGCAGCUUUGCGCAUGUACACAUGCUGCGUGGAGAAAACUGACUACGAGGAAUUUUUUAACAGGUGCCAAAUGCCUGAUACUUUGAAUUCAUGGUUUCUAGUAGCCCAGCUUCAUGUCUGGAUGUGUCUGGUACGAAUGAAGCAGGAGGGUCGCACAGGAAAAUACAUGUGUCGCUAUAUCGUUCACUGCAUGUGGGAGGAUGUUGAACAGCGUGGUAAGGUGAUGGGGGGUAUCAAAGAUCAAUAUUCAACUCCGAUUGAAUACCAGGCAUUACUCAGCAGCACCCACGUGUUGUGGCCUCGAUUAAAACAGUGUGCAGCUGCCGUUGGCUCUCCCAGCUCACCAGUUGCCACCUUCUGUAGUGUCUCUGGCUGUUCCCUUCCUCCUCUAUCAGGAGGCUCCAGUUGCAGAUACCAGAUGGUGUUUG